AUGGCAGUGAGUCUACGAAGUGGUAGAGACCUAGAUCUGGAGCAAGAAAUUGCUCGUGAAAGCCGACCUACCGAAACACUUGUGCCAGUACCCAUUGAGAUAGAUGAUUUAACAGGGUUAACUGAGGUGACGGUACAAUAUGCACAAGAGAACACCAGCAAAGAAAAAGAGGUUGCGAAGGAGACUGAGGUAGCACAAGAAACGACAGUAGAAGCAGUGCCUGAGCAAGAUAAAACUCAAAUCACAGGGAAUAAGCGACCUCCAACACCAUUCCCACAGAGAUUAGCCAAGUAUCAGAAAGAUGAGCAGUAUAAGAAAUUCUUGGAGAUGUUGAAGCAAAUUCAGGUGAACAUUCCAUUGAUGGAAGCCUUAAAGGAAAUGUCUGGUUAUGCAAAAGUGAUGAAGGACUUGAUGUCUCGUAAGUUCGACUUUCAAGACUUGACCACGGUUACACUGACUCAGACAUGUAGUGCUUUUGUGACGAGACCCAUAGCUGAGAAACUGUCUGACCUAGGGAGUUCCACAAUCCCAUGCACAAUAGGCAACUAUGCAUUUGCUAAGGCACUUUGUGAUUUGGUGGCAAACAUAAACUUGAUGCCCCUGGCUAUCUACAAAAGGUUAGGCAUUGGAAGAGCUAGACCCACGUCCAUGUUACUACAGCUAGCCGACCGGACAAAACCUGUUAUUUUCCCUCACCGCUCCUGA